AUGAUGGGGACCUUCGUGGCGGUCUACAAGUUCUUUAUCAACGCCCUUCCACUUAUUCCAAACAACAAAUUACCAGAGAUUCUACGAUAUACACCUCCAGCAGCUCAAUCAGAAUUUGACCCCCAUAGUUCGGAAGAGCCUUUAUACAUGAAGAGAAGAGAGGAGAAACGACCUGAAGUAGAAGUCGCAGACAAGAAACCUCCUAGCAGAGAUGUUUUUGUCCGAAAGCCAGUAGCAAGAUGGCACGCUGUGGUUGCUGGCGCGCUUGCGGGAUUGGCUGUAGCAUUCGAAACUCCAGACAGAAGAUUGACCAUUGCACAACAGAUUUUUGUACGUUAUCGUGUCUGGAAGUUCAACAUUGAAGACAUUAAGGAACUUAUUAGCUGGGAGAAAACAACUCCGGCAAAUAAAGACCGAUUGAUGGCGCGUCUUGAGGCUGCUACGAAGGGCCAUUUUGGCCCACAUUUUGCACCCUGCGAGGCCGUGCACCCCUUCUUUGACUCGUGCAAGUCAGUACCAUUGGAUAGGUUCAUAGCGGUAUCUUCUUGGAUGGUUCCGAUAUAUGGUGCAUUACAUUUUAUUACCAAUGAUUCUAUUCAAACAAAGCGAGGUGAGCUUUAUACCAAUGAUUCUAUUCAAACAAAGCGAGUUCAUGAAACAACCGUUAAAGAUGUUGAAACGGAGCGCAUAUGGAACCGCCAGGAGUUCAGCAUUCCUUGGAGUGUUUGUGCAUACUUCUGUUUCAAACACAAUCUAUAUCUCGCCGCAGGACUGUCCCUUCUUGUCGAAGACAAACGUCGCCGAGGAGAAUUGGCGAUGUAUGUGCUUCCCCGCGGGCUUGAGAGUGCAUGGGGCGUUAUGAGGCGAAGGGGUUGGGUCCCUAUCGUUCCAGGAGGAGAAAACUUGCUGUGUGCUAUGGGUAUGGGUAUGGUGAUGGCUACAUAUCAGACAAGUCCCCAGCAUCUAUCUGGAAUGGUUCGCCGCAUCAUGUAUCAGUUUAUUGGUCCCAACUAG